AUGGGGUUGUCUGAUCGAGCCUGUCUGAAUUUCUCAAGCUUGGAACAGGAGAUUAGUACAGACGCGUUUGUGAAGCAGGCAGAUAUAGAAGAAAUGAGAGAGAAAGAAGAGUGCAGGCGAGGCUCAGUAUACAGUAAAAGACAAGGCCCUAGAGUGGCUCUGAAUGCCUUGAAAGCAUGA